GGAAUUAACUUCAUCCCUCAGCACCACAGACAGCAUCCCAAAAAUACGGGCCGUUGCCAUGAGAGCGCUGAGGCAAACGCUGCUCGGAGACACAGCUAGUUACAAAAGGAGGACCUUGAAAAAUCUCUGAAAAGCCCCCACUCUGAGGAAAUAGUAAACAACCACCUAGCCCAAACGUUGGCGUGGCAACGGUGCGGCCUUGCCCAGAAAGAAUCACUCCUGGGAAAUACACAGUAACCUGCCAACGAACCAUUGGACCAGGAUGCAACCCACCAACGAACCAUCGGACCAGGGUGCAACCCUCCAGCGAACCGUCGGACCAGGGUGCAACCCGCCAACAAACCAUCAGACCAGAGUGCAAUCCUCCAGCGAACCGUCGGACCAGGGUGCAACCCGCCAACAAACCAUCAGACCAGAGUGCAAUCCUCCAGCGAACCGUCGGACCAGGGUGCAACCCGCCAACAAACCAUCAGACCAGAGUGCAAUCCUCCAGCGAACCGUCGGACCAGGGUGCAACCCGCCAACAAACCAUCAGACCAGAGUGCAAUCCUCCAGCGAACCGUCGGACCAGGGUGCAACCCGCCAACAAACCAUCAGACCAGAGUGCAAUCCUCCAGCGAACCGUCGGACCAGGGUGCAACCCGCCAACAAACCAUCAGACCAGAGUGCAAUCCUCCAGCGAACCGUCGGACCAGGGUGCAACCCGCCAACAAACCAUCAGACCAGAGUGCAAUCCUCCAGCGAACCGUCGGACCAGGGUGCAACCCGCCAACAAACCAUCAGACCAGAGUGCAAUCCUCCAGCGAACCGUCGGACCAGGGUGCAACCCGCCAACAAACCAUCAGACCAGAGUGCAAUCCUCCAGCGAACCGUCGGACCAGGGUGCAACCCGCCAACAAACCAUCAGACCAGAGUGCAAUCCUCCAGCGAACCGUCGGACCAGGGUGCAACCCGCCAACAAACCAUCAGACCAGAGUGCAAUCCUCCAGCGAACCGUCGGACCAGGGUGCAACCCGCCAACAAACCAUCAGACCAGAGUGCAAUCCUCCAGCGAACCGUCAGACCAGAGUGCAACCCGCCAACGAACCAUCGGACCAGGGUGCAACCUGCCAACGAACCGUCAGACCAGGGUGCAAAUUCUUCCCUGGACACAAGGCUGGGUUGUCCUGACAAGGCUGGCCCUGAUUCUCGCAGAUUUAGGGCCAUCCUCCUACCUGGACAAUCGUAAGCAUCCCACAUGAAUGGCAAUGAGAAAUUCUGCUGGUACCCGAAUGGGCCUCAGAAACGUCCAUGUGGUCCCAAGCAAGGAGACCGAGGAGUAACAAGACGUGGCUAAGCACAGCGCACGAGACGCCUUUCAGUGUAUUCUGGUGCAUGUGGAAGGGACCUGACGCUGGGGGAGCAGAGAUCCGCGUGGGCGCCCUGGGCUACCCCUGCAAUAGCUACGUGUGGGGAGAAGACCUCUCCCCGCCAGCCUCACUCCAGCUACCUCUCACGGGGGCCUGCGCAGCGGUUUGGGUUGGGAACUUUUGGAAACUGGAGAGGGAGAGUCCACCAGCCCUGGGGGACAUUAAACCCUUGGGGUAUGUCUACACUACCACCCUAGUUCGACGAGGAGUACCGGUAGUUCGGA